AUGGCUGCUGCAGCCGAAACCUCCAAAAAUCCCCACCUUCUCACUAUUCCCGCCACAACUAUCCUGCUCUGUUUACAAUCCUUAAGUUACCACUACUCCCUGGCCGCCGACACGAUCACCCAAGGCGGCCUUGCUCUCAAUUCCUCCUCCACUCUCCUCUCCAGAAAUGGCCUCUUCACUUUGGGGUUCCAGCGCCUUCAAUCCAACCGCAGCUUCCUUGGGAUCUGGUACGCAAACGACGCCUCUGCUCUCUUCUGGGUAGCCAAUCGCUCCUCCCCUGUUCCCGACGAUUCCGGCGAUCUAUCCCCAGACCCAAAUAGCAUAGAUUUUUUUUCUAAUUAA